AGUAGGAAGCAGAGCUGGGGGAAAGGAAUGGCAGGAAGGAGACGGCAGACGAAACUGGAGGCUUAAGCUUUUUAGUGAAACAGUGGCUGAUGAGUCUUGUUGCUUUGACAAACACUUUGUUCAGUUCUAGUACAGCAUCUCAGAGUUUUAAGAGCAUGGUUCUUUCAAGUAGAAUGGUUGUGUUGGCUCCUAUGUAGUAGACAUUUUCUUGGGUUUUGUUGUUUGUUUUUUUUUUUAAUUUUGUUCUUUUCGUCCUUGAGUGGUGCUCUAAUACCAAGUGAUGUACAAGAACAUAAUGCCAGUGUUGCUGUUUUUCACACACACACCUUUACAUUCUUGCCUUUUUGUUUAUCUUUUUUCCCUUUUCAUUUAUUUUCAUGAAGCAUAUGACAGCACUAAUGGAUGCUUCUCAUUAGGAAAGCUUUUAAAUUUUACAAAAAUCAAUAUGUAAAGUAAUUUAGGACCUUAAAAAAUCCUUGUGAAACUAGAACUUUUUUUUUUUAAUGUUCCUCUUAAUUCUAAUGCUUACUAAAUCUAACCUUUUAAAUUGCAUUCAUGAAUUCAUUGUGAUCAGAAACUGCUUCCAUUCUUUCUUCCUUGUAUGCAUAUCUCCAGCUCUAGUUAUGUAAAGCCUAAAUUGUGUGUGUAUAGAUGCAUCUACAUCUUUUAGAAAUACUUAAGAUCUUAAUGAAAAAAAAUCAAACUUUUUCUUUUUGUCUCAUUUAAUAUGAUUUGUUUUAUACUUUGAUUUAGUUUAGCUUUACUUCUGUUUAUUCACGAGAUCAGUAAUUUAGCUCUGAAACUCAGGCCAGGAUUAAUCCAAGAUGUAGUGAGGCUUGAGGUGAAUGUCCUGUUUUGCUUUUUCUUCCGUUUCCUGUGCUUGAAAUGUCCACUCAGCUGGAUUGUUGGGAUAUGCUAUGAUGACCUUAUAGAGGGAAGAAACAGGAGUGGCAUCUAAUGAAGCAACAGCAGAGAAUUUGGGAGUUUUUUGACACUGCCGUUGGUUUUCUCAAGUUCUGGAAGUAGCAGGACGUUUGGUUGCUAACUGACCUGGAACUUAUGCUCCACCUUGGAAAGAUCUGCAGUGGGAGCCGUUCACCUUCACAUACCCUGUAGUUUUCUGCCUCAGAAGAAAAGGACUUGGUGUGUGAGAGUGGCACAAGGUGACAAUGUAACAUAGGUGAUGCUGAAGGUCUCCUGAGAAGAACUGACUCUGUAAGAGGCUUCUCCUUCAUCCUCCUCUCCCCCGCCUUUUUUUUUUUUUUUUGAUAACUCCCCCUUUCAGUAUCUACAAGCAAGAUGCCAGCCAAGACACCCAUCUACUUGAAAGCCGCUAACAACAAGAAAGGGAAGAAAUUCAAACUAAGGGAUAUCUUGUCUCCAGAUAUGAUCAGUCCGCCACUUGGAGAUUUUCGUCACACCAUACACAUUGGAAAAGAGGGACAACAUGAUGUUUUUGGAGACAUCUCCUUUUUGCAGGGCAACUAUGAGCUAUUGCCUGGAAAUGAAGGAGAAACUAGAGGUAGCCAAUCUGAUGGCCACAGUGAAUUCUUAAGGGCAAACAGCACUUCUGAAUCCAUGUUUACAGAAACUCCAUCACCAGUGCUCAAAAAUGCUAUUUCCCUUCCUGCCAUUGGGGGUUCUCAAGCUCUCACGUUGCCCUUACUGUCACCAGUGACAUUUAAUUCAAAACAAGAAUCCAUCAAGUCAUCAAGAAAUCCUAGGCUUAGCUGUGAGCCAGUAAUUGAAGAAAAGUUGCAGGAGAAAAGUAAACAGAUGGAAGAUGGAGAAUCAUACAAAGAUGACUUAUGGGAGCAAAAUGGUUCUUCAUCACAUUUUUCUAAUGGUAGAGACAGUCACUCAUCCAGCUUUUCUGAACGAUGCACUGAUUGGCAAACAGUUGAUUUAUUUGAUGACAGUCAACUUUCGUGUGAACUAACCAAGACAAAGUCAGAAGAAUCCCUUUCAGAUCUUGCAGGCUCUCUUCUCUCAUUACAGCUUGACUUGGGACCUUCACUUUUGGAUGAGGUCCUCAAUGUAAUGGACAAGAAUAAAUAUUAGAACUGGUACUCCUUGCUUUCUUGUAAGUGAUUCACUUAAACAAAACCAACAACAAAAAAAAACCACCAUUCAAGAGUAGAGACGCUUAAAAAUCAGCUGUAUUUGCAGUUGUUUGACGGGUUUUCUAAAAAUAUUCAUAAAGUACUAUUUUUUUACCUAUUGUUUUUCAUGAUUUUUAUUACACUAAAUUCUCGUAUCAGGAAGGUAAAUUUUAAUAACAAUUUUCAGCAAACAUAAAAUGUUUUUAAGUACCAGUAUAAUGAUCAGAAACUUAAGAAACGGAGUUUGAGGAUGAUACUGAUUGUGACAUUUGGUUAGUUCACUUCUACAGGCUUCUGAAUAUAUGAGACUCUGUAAGUGUCAGAAAGGAGAUUGGUAUUAUUCACUGUUACAGACUAUUACAACACCAUGUUACAUGUAGGCCUCUUUCUAGAACCUUAUGUGGGGGGGUCUUGAUUGUUGUGUUUUUUUUUUUUCCCUAGUACCACUUCUGUUAUACCUUCACAGUAACUAUUUCUGCAGUCUUAUACUACCGCUCUAUAUUCAGAUGUGAACGAUUUGAAGGCUUUUUUCAGCUUGAACACCUGGUCCAGAGUCUUGGCUGUUUUUAAUGAGUAUGCACAAAUUUACACAAGUUGAGGCUUUGGGCCUUGUAUUGUAUAUGAAAUGAUAUGUUGUAAACAGGUGACACAUGCAAGAUAUUAUGGUUAAAUUAUUUUAAAAGUUGAAAUAUAUUUUUUGUGUGUAUCUUGGCUUUUUACUGCAGAGCCUACACAUACAGUAUCUCAUCAAAAUAGUUGCUUGACAUUAUUGGUGCUCUUCUGAAAAUUGUAUAUUUGUGUGUUUGAAAAGAAAUAUGUAUUGAUAUUCCUUGCUUUUUUUCUUCAUUUAUUGCCACACAUGCUUAAACUUGCAACUGAUUAUUUUAACUUUUCAAGAAGGCACUGGUUAUUCACAACGCUUGUGAUGUGUGCUGCAACAGCCGAUGUUUUGGGAAAUGUGGAUCCUUUAAUACAGUACAUGGAUUGCAUAGAUAUCUUGUGCAAUACAAUAAAAAAAUUAAAUCGCUA